AUGCCGUCGCUGGGCCUGGGCAACGCCUUCAAGAAGGCGGUGACCAGCGCCGCGAGCGCGGCCAAGGAUUUGGCGAUCCAGGCGAAAGAUGAGAUCAACUUCGCGCCCAAGUGCCUGAGGGACUACUCGGUGGGGCGGCAGGUGGCCACGGCGGGGCCGGAGGGCCUGUGGAAGGUCUUCGCGGCUGAUGUGAAGAAGAAAG